AUUCCUUAUUUGGAAGUGGUAAGAUCAAAGCAAAAUGGCGCCCACCCAGGAUCAUGUCGACGAGAAUGCUCGAGUCUCCAACAAAGUUUACUUGCAACGCGAUUAUUCGAGAGGAACAGCUUGUCGUUUUCAGAAUAAAUUCCCAACAGAGUUAAAAAAUCGGAUUGACAAAGAAUUAUUUGAACAGACCAUCAACCACAUAAAUACAAUUUUUGAUGAUGCCGAGAGAGUUGGAACAAGGUCAUAUGUUGAAGGAUGUCUUGGCUGCUUGUCUGCUUAUCUCAUWUAUAGCUGUAUGACCACACAGUAUGACAAGAUGCUGAAAAGAUUAUCUGACUUUAUAACAGAACAGAAUCAAAAUGUGUUUGUUCCAAGAGGUCUAAUGAUUACCCAUCCCAUGGAGAGAGGUCUCCGAGUUAUUGAAAUCACAAUUCUAAGUCCUUCAGACCAUAGAUGAUAUAGUCAAGCUCAAAAUUAGUUACCCUACUUUUCUGUUGAUAAAUUAAGUGCUAUAUACCAGAAGUAUUUCAUUCUCAAUUGGUUCUAUUUGUUGGCCUAAUGUAAGCUUUUGACUUUGAUUGGCAAAUAAGUGGUCAAUUUAUCAGUGGUUGCCGUAACAUCUCACCAUAACCUGUGUAGAUGCUGGAUUUGAAGUACCUGUUAGGCUUAAAUUUUAUUUUAAGCUUUUUCCACAUGAGGACCUAUUAUGACUAAAAGUUUCUUAUUAGUAGGGUUGCUGUAAAAGUAACGGUAAAAAACCCUGAMGAUCAUAUUGUAUGAGAACCAAUUGUAAGAACCUUGGUAAACCUAAAGUAAGUUUAAGUUCUUCAUAAGCACCAAUUCAAGUGAAAUUGRAAAAUUCAGGUUCUUAUACAUGGGGCUAUUGCUUUACUUAUAACAUGUGUAUCAUGUGACAGAACAAAGUCAUGGUUAUUAAGGUUAAUUGCAGAAUGAGGACUUUAAACUUUUGCAACAAAAUCUAUUAGUGAAGGUAAAGUGGUUUCAUGAUAAAAAUCAAAGAAAACAAAAGAUGGAAUUGGCCUCUAAUAAGGUUUAAUAGGUCACUCUUUAAUUGGUUUUAAGCUCUUGUAGUAUGACACUAGACGUACAUGAUAUGAUAUUAUAUCAACAAACUGUAAAUAUAGCAAUUAGUUAUUAAUUAAUAAUAAUAGAAAAUGGUCAAUUCUGUAMCAAUAUGACUUGUCAAAGGUUGUCCAUUUUCCAUUAAUAUUAAAAGUUAAUGAACACUUGAUAUUAAUUGAAAAACUGUAGGUAAAUAGCUAAAAAUAUAUGAUCACACACAUUUAGCCAAGAAUUAGAAGUUGGUUCUACGUGAAGUAAUCCUGAAAAAUUUAUGUGAAGCACACUAAGUGCUAUUUUAGUUUGUACAAUGACCACUACUAUAUAGGCAGUACACUUUAAACCAUGGAACAACUUAACACACUCAGUAUAUAAUACUCCAGUUGAAACAACGAAAGUCAAUCAUAUUAUAGACUAAUUAUUUCACCAGUUAAGCAUAACAACUCUAAAGUUAUUUCUUAGGUUAUAGUUUAAUAUCCAGUUUUGUGCUUUAUCAGAGUUAAGUCUCCUCUCAAAGCUGUUAUAAGGCUGGUUACAAAAUCUCUCCCUGGGAAAGAGGCUCAUUACGGCUGCAAGAGGAUAGUAAUCAGAGUGUGGCACUUGAGUCUUAAAAAUGGCAUAAGCCAUAUGUUAAUAGUCUCCUUGACGGUUCCCUGCGCCGUCUUGAAAGGUAGCCUUGCCUUUACAUUGAAGCAAGACAACCGUUGAGUCAAAGAUUAAUCACUGCUGAUAUCUAGAAAAACACUGUUAUAGUAAUUAUACUUACACCAUCUUCAAUACAGGGUGGUAUAUUGUUCGCAUUCAAUACAGGGUGGUAKAUUGUWYGCAUGAAAAAAUUACAUGUUYAAGUGAUUUUUUCAUGAGUAAAUAAAUGUGCAUGAUACUGUGACUCAUGAUAGUGAUUUAGAAAAAUUGUUUAUUGCAUUUCACUCUUUAGUUCAAUUCACUCGGUAAACAAAUCCUGAUGUAUUUACUAGUUCAGGAUGGAUUAUCUUUUGUGUUUUCCCAAAUUAUUAUUAUUUUUUGUAAUUAUGUAAAUCUGAUGAAUAAAGAUAUAAAAAACUAA